AAAACUCGUACACGAAGUGCCCAAGGGACGAGGCGAAGCCGCUCAUCUGCACCUACAGCGCUCAAUGCAAAUGCUCCCUUAGCACGAACGCAAGAUGAAUCGGAGCCGGAGCAUAAAGCAGUAGACAACAAAGUCGGUCGAACGCAGAAAGGAGUUCUACUGUCCGAGCGUGUUAUGCAGACGUUACACUUCCUCACUCCACUUCCUCAAGAUCAAGACGAAGGCUGUGACGACUACCUCAACGCACUUGGCGAGUCAAACGAAUCGAAUCCGGAAGCAGUGGAGCUCGCCCGGACACAGACGCCAACAGAAGCACGCUCUGGAACCAAACGCAAGAAGAAAAAGCACAAAGAUAAAGUAGCAGAUAGCGGGAAAUUUGUUCGCAAUACUAUGGAUAAUGUACCGACUAUUACUUGA